AAAAUAAAAAUUUGAGGAAAUCCCAAGCUUCGAAUUGUUCACCCAUUCAAUUCAUCUGAACAUCCGUCCCGAGUUUUAAUUGACCCCAUAGCUGAUAAAAUUAUUUUCCUUUUUAAAGCUUGCGCAUCCAUCGUGAAGCAACGUAAAAAUCGCGUUACAGCAAAGGGUACUUUCUUUCUCUUACCGUAAAGAUAUAUAAAAACCCCUCUUUGGAAAAAAAAAAAAAGCUAACCAUAAUUGUGAACAAAAUGUCAAACGUCAGCAACGCCCUCAUUUGGGAACUAACCAAAAAGAACAACUGCUUUUUAAAAAAAAACAAAAGUGGAAGAAAGGGAAAUUUCCUAUGCGACUCGUACAAUAUUAGCUGCAAAAAUACGCCCUCAAGCAGUGGACUCGUGAAACAAAAUGGCGUAAAUCUCCGAUUGCAGAAGGGGAAAGUUGUGUUGUGCGUCAAAUCCACGGACGAAAACACCACCACGAACAAGGUAUACAGAACGAAGAACAAGGAAACGGCCAUGAAGCUGAUCGAUGAACAUACAAAACUUGUAAAUAGCAAAAAGAAGAAGCAGCUAAUUAAGAAGUAUAACCGUAUGUCCAAAUUGUACAAUUGCAACAACAAGGGGAAUAAAUAAACCAAUUAACAUGUGUGAGCAGAAAGAGGGCAGGAAAAUCUCCUAACGCUUUGUACGACGUGUCCCUGCGAUUUUUUUGCUUAUUGGCCCCACCGCCAACACGUGUGCGUACAAUUUAUAUGGAAAUGUGAAAAG